AUGGAAAACCUAGCGCCGCAGGAGGAUCGCCUGCCAAAGAAGUCACACAGACUUGACAAAGAGCCACCGGACACAGGUGACACUUUUCUCAACCGCAUGGAUAUCGAGGUGAUCAGCAAAGCCACAGAAACUUCGCCUGGCCUAAUAUCAUAUAGUGAUACCCUACUCAAAGAAAAUCCCACAGAUCAUUCGAUUGAUGAAGAAAUAAUGGAUGAGGAAGAUGUCAAAGUCUUUGAAGACGAUGUCGUUCGUGGUAUCGUGGAUGGUUUAAUAUCCAUUGAUUUCUCAGACCGAGUCCAAGCCAUUGCCAAUAAGAGUUUCGAUCAGACUGUGAUGGUGAAGCUACUUGGGAGGCGUAUUGGAUACACAACCCUUCGGAAUAAGCUUUAUGAUCUAUGGAAACCAUCCCAGCCCUUUCACCUCAUGGACAUAGAAACGAUUACUUCCUUGUUUGUUGCGAAAUUAUUCCCUCGUCGAAUUGUGGCAUGGAUCCGGCUCCCGGGAUUACUGAUAACUCUUUAUAAACGUAGUCUCAUCACUGAAAUUGGCGAAUACAUUGGGAAGGUUGUUAAAAUUGACUACCAAAUAGAAACGGGGCAUCGAGGACACUUUGCACGAAUGGCGGUGAGCGUGGAUCUGGGAAAAUCACUAACCUCGAAACUCUUAAUCAAUGGUCGUGUACAAAUCGUUGAAUACAAAUCACGGCCUACCAUCUGCUUCUCUUGUGGCCGAUAUGGACAUGUUAAAUACAUCUGCCUUGAAAACACUGUUGAAGACCAACAAGAAUAUGCUUCUCCAAAAGAACAAGUUACUGAAGCACAGUUGUCGAAUGUCAACCAAAAUCCAAACCCUUCGGACCGUGGAUGGUCGUAG